AUAAAUCCACUUCGACUAUGUGUCACACAUAUUAAUAUGGGCCGGGUCAGCCUGCCCUAACCACGUGUCUACUCCGCCUAGCCCGUAUAAACCACUUCGCCUGUUAAUAUGGGCCGGGUCAUACCCACCCGUAUUUGCUGGAGCUCAUCCUGCAGGAGCUGAUAGAGUAGUCAGCAGUAGGUACUAGUAAUCACUAAUCAAAACGCUUCUGUAACCCACCGAAUUCAUGUUUCAUUUUCUUCGCCGCUUUCUUUCCCCCAUUCUUAUCCAAAAUGCAAAGACUGUGACUUUUAUUCCAAAUCCCCAAAAUCAAAACCGCCAAUUUAAUCCUUCAAUCUUCACCAUUCUCCUCUCACUUACCGAAAUCCAUACCAGAUUCUUCGCCACCUGAAAAUUCCAAUUCGAUUAGGAAGCUUUAGGAUUGUGAGAUGAGCAGAAACAACGAGACUUCAAAUUCCGACGAGCCUCCUGACCUCGAGAAGCAGCAGCAGCAGCCUGACGGCGCCGUUGAGGCGGUUACCUCAAUUCCCGAUUCUUCUGCCGCACCGCCGCUGCUGAAUGUCGUCGUUUCGCAACCACCGCCUCCCGUCGCCGCCGCCAAUCUGUCAAAGGAGGCUAAGGGACAGCACUCGAGAAGCUCCAGUGCUCAUGAACAAUGCAGAGUGUGUCAGCAGGAUAAAGAUGAAGCUUUGAUUGAUCUGGGAUGCCAUUGUCGAGGUGGACUUGCGAAAGCGCAUAGAUCAUGUAUAGACACUUGGUUUCGGAGCAAAGGAUCCAACAAAUGCGAGAUUUGCCAAGGGGUAGCUAGCAAUGUGUCGUCUCCAGAAUCCCAGCCAACUACAAAUUAUUGGGUUUGGAGAAUUGAAACAACCUAUCGAUCGCAAAAUCAAGACCGGGGCUGUAACCCCCUUUGGGUGGCAUUCUCAAUCCUCAUAGGUGGUCUGAUGUUGGAUGUGCUAAUAUCUACCACCCUUGGCAUCUCUGCUGUCCCCGUUAACAUUAUCAUUGGUGUUAUUGUGGUCCUUGGGCUUGGAACUAUACUGAGACUUGCCUUGGCGUUUUGCCAUGAAUGGAGUACGAGAAGUGUUGUACAGCGAGUGGAAACACAGAGAGUGCCUCUUGGCUACCAUCCUGAUCUUUAGGUAAAAACCUCUUUAGGUACAAACCUGUAAAUAACAAUAAGAUAUACAAGUAGAACAACUUUAUUUUAUCUUAUCUUGGGAUCUAUAU